AUGAAGGAAAGUUCGUCGUCCAUAACUCCUUUGCUUUUCCGCAACCUUGUAACUUCCCUCUUCAUUUUGGCAGUGACUUCAAUUUCCAGCUGGACCCAAAAACACAAAGCCCUAGAACUCAUACGCUACGUUUUCAUCUCUUCCUUCCUCUUUUUCCUGCGUCUUCUUCUUUCUUUAAACCCUAGGUCGACCAAGAAUAUCGAAUCCCUCUAUUCCACCUUGUACGACUACAAUGACAAGCCUCCCAAGAAGGGUAGUAUUGAUCAAAUAAAUCAGAAGUAUAUGCCCGCAGCUAACAGCGGAGACGAAGGCGGCAACGGCAGCGACACGGCUAUAGCUCGAGCACUUUCGCAGCUAUUGUCGAUCGUGAAUGAUAUUCCGCUUGAAGCCGCCGCAAUUUUCGAACAGCAGCAGCACCACGGUGGCGGUGAUAUUGAUGCUUUGGAUUGUGUUCCUCAUCAUUGGGUAGUAAGGGCCGUUCGGACAGUUGCAGACGUGGUGUGGACAAAGGGGGUUACCAGCGGCGGGUCGAGGAGCUCGGCAGAGAAGCUAGCGGCGGAGCUGCUCUGGUUGGCUGAGACAAUGGCAAGUUGUGGCUUUGCUCAAGAGUCUGUGAGGAGAUGGGCGUCCGCAUCUAGUUUGGCUCGCCUCUCACUUUCAGCAGAGCCGCGCCUGCAAGCCUCCUUGGUCAAGAUUUCAGCAUUGUUGUUGAGGUAUGCCAAAAAUAUGGGAGGGAAUGAAGGCGAUGAAGAUGAUGAUAACGAGAGCAUGAAAGAGCAGCAACAAAGAAAACAAGGGAAGAUGCAGAUGCAGAUGUUGGUGUUAUGGAUUCCAUUGCUGUGCACAGCCAGCAACGGCACUGAUGUGCCUGUUUUGAGCAUCAGCGAAAGGGCCGAGCUGGAGAGACUACUGGAAGAGACCAUAGAGAAGCUGGCAGAAGAAGAUCAAGAGCGAGUUCUAUCCUUGUGGCUCCACCACUUCACAUAUUGCUCGUCUUCUGAUUGGCCCAAUCUACAUGCCUCUUAUGCUCGCUGGUGUAACGCUUCGCGGAAGCAAUUGAUAAUGCACCAUUCAUAGUUUCUUCAUUAUUUUCAUAUACACACUUUAUCUUGUUUACUAUUCUAUAUUUGGUGUGCAGUGUGCUAUAGAUUUAUAAUCAGUAUAUAUCAAAUUAUCAAUCAUAUCAACAAGCUCCAAAAAUUGUAUAGCAAGUAGAUUCAAGGGCAUUCAGACUUCAUUCACCAUUUUGUAUAUAUGUAGCUGGCUGAACUGCUUCUAAUUUUCAAAAUGGUGAAUGAAAAUACAACAAUGGAACAAAUAACAACAACAAAUAAAAUUACAACGAAUUAAGAUGAAAAGUCGAGAAUAACAUUCUAUGACAACUUUGUUGAAAUGAUUUACCGCUGCCUCAGCUACCAAUACUCAGACGUCACCAAUAUUCAUAUAAGCUGAAAUCAAAGGUUGCCACAAUGAUUAUGUAACACAAUACCGAUGCUAACUGAACCAUCAAGAUCACUGCCCCAUCAAAAAAUUGAUGAGGAAACCACGUAAUAAUUUAGAUAUGAUGCACAAAAGUAUUUGAAAAUGUACUUCUUGAUCUAGCAUGGGAAACACGAGAGAUGCACGAUAAAUGGGAUGUAUAUGGCUAGGAAGAGGCACAAUAUUUCUAAAGAUGUAUUGAAUGAUUUCGAUCGAGCGAGACUUUGUGUCACACCCCAAAUCCGAUGUUAGUAGUUUCCAAGCACUUAAUACCGAAUCCGAAGCGUGAGAGGGAAAAGUAUAAGAAAAUAAAACAAACUCAAAUAUAUUUUCAGAAAAUUUUUGAAAACAAAACGUUUACGAAAACAAAACCAAUUACAAAGAUAAAACAGGUCUUGCGAAUCUAGCUCACUCAAAACUUUCGUCACUCAAAACUUUCGUAACUCUUCUAUACACGUGUACAGGUCUUCUCGUACACGUCAGCUAAACAUCAUAGUUAGACUUCUCGAAAGACGUGUCGUACCUCGUACACCUGAACAAGAAUCUAUAGGGGUGAGCUUACGCUCAGUAGGGCCAAACUUCUUUAGAUUAUUCUUAACUAUGUCGCACAAUCAAGUUAUCAACCAAUGUCAUAUAUAACAACAAAUCGAUCAAUGCAUGUAUGCUAAUGCACUCCUUUCACUCAAUUACUGUCCAAUCAGUCCACACAUCAAAGACAAGUGAUCAUACACGUCUCAUACCGUGUAUUUUACCAACCGGGGGUGACCCAAGAUGUCUUCAAUAUAUGAUCUAACAGUUAGUAAUUUCCUUAACGCCAAUACCUCUUUUGUUAGUCGUCUUGUCAUACUCAUGGUCUCCAAACCUGAAACCCGAUAAUAUCGUUUUAUCGAUGUCCGCCAUCGAAGGGA